CCUCCCUCUCCAGCCGUGGUGCAGGCGCUGGAUUCCCCUCGCAGCCUGAGAAAGCUUCUCUCUGCACGGGGACCGGGCCCCGGAGCUUCACAGCCAUGGACAGGGCAGCCAAUGAAUUCCAUCAAUACCCUGUACCUUUGCAAUCCUGAUUCCACAAAUGAUGAAUGACAUCCAGUUACACCUAAGCUUUCCUCCGGCACAUCAUUUUUCCAACACUGCCGGAGAAUCCUGCAAGAAACCAGCCUUACACACCCAAUUCCUUCUAGGGUUGGACUUCCGAUGGACAUGCCAUGGUGACAUGAACAGAAUGAGUUAAGGGUACUUUCUACAUAACUAAGGUGUGUGGGCUUGUGUUAGUGAGUGCUUGUGCCACUCCUCCUGGGAAGGUGCAAGGACCAUGAGCUUGCCCCUGAAGUUACGAAGGUUUGGGAGGCCAGUAAGCCCACAACUAGUUCUUUUACUUUUGUUUGCUUUCUGUCUUCUGAGUGUCUUCAUCUCAGCCUAUUAUCUCUAUGGAUGGAAAAGAGGACUGGAGCCUUCAGGUGGUGAGACACAAUCCCUGGACUGUGAUGAUUUCAAGAUUAGCCCUUCACGUCUGCUCCCUGUAAAACCUAUGAGAUCAAUGGACACUUCUAGAACUGACCCACUGGUGCUAGUCUUUGUGGAAAGCCUAUAUUCUCAACUUGGGCAGGAAAUAGUGGCUAUAUUAGAGUCCAGCCGCUUUAAGUAUCGGACCGAGAUAGCUCCAGGCAAGGGUGAUAUGCCUACCCUUACCAAUAAAGAUAGGGGGCGAUUUGCACUAAUUGUGUAUGAAAAUAUUCUAAAAUAUGUUAACCUGGAUGCAUGGAAUCGAGAGUUACUGGACAAGUACUGUGUGGAGUAUGGCGUGGGCAUCAUAGGCUUCUUCAAGGCCAAUGAAAACAGCCUACUGAGCGCUCAACUGAAAGGAUUCCCCCUAUACCUUCACUCCAAUUUAGGCCUCAAAGACUGCAGUUUAAACCCCAAGUCUCCUCUCUUGUAUAUAACCAAGCCCAACCAGGUGGAAAAGGGUGAUCUACCAGGAGAAGACUGGACAGUUUUCCAGUCCAAUCAUUCUACCUAUGAACCGGUUCUUCUGGCCAAGACAAAGUCAGCUGAGACCAUACCUCACCUAAGUGUGGACGCAGCCCUACACACAACUGUAGUACAGGAUCUGGGGCUACAUGAUGGUAUCCAACGGGUCCUUUUUGGUAACAACUUGAACUUUUGGCUCCAUAAGCUAGUGUUUGUGGAUGCUGUAUCAUUCCUGACGGGAAAGAGGUUGUCUCUUCCACUAAAUCGCUAUGUACUCGUUGACAUCGAUGAUAUAUUUGUUGGCAAGGAGGGAACUCGUAUGAAAGUAGAAGAUGUGAAGGCUCUCUAUGACACGCAAAAUGAGUUGAGAGCGCACAUCCCCAACUUCACUUUUAAUCUUGGCUUUUCUGGAAAGUUCUUUCACACUGGAACGGAUGCAGAAGAUGAAGGAGAUGACCUCCUGCUUUCUUACGUGAAGCAGUUCUGGUGGUUUCCUCAUAUGUGGAGUCACAUGCAACCUCAUCUCUUCCACAAUCAGUCAGUGCUGGCAGAGCAGAUGGCAUUGAACCGGAAGUUUGCUGUGGAUCAUGGAAUACCUACUGAUAUGGGGUACGCUGUGGCCCCUCAUCACUCUGGUGUGUACCCCAUACAUGUACAACUCUACGAAGCCUGGAAGCAAAUUUGGGGAAUAAAAGUUACGAGUACUGAGGAGUAUCCACACCUGAAACCUGCACGCUUCCGAAGAGGGUUCAUCCACAAUGGCAUUAUGGUGCUCCCGCGCCAGACCUGCGGCCUCUUCACACACACCAUAUUCUAUAAUGAAUAUCCCGGGGGUCCUGUGGAACUGGAUAAGAUUGUUAAUGGAGGCGAACUUUUCCUCACUGUACUGCUAAACCCUAUCAGCAUUUUUAUGACCCAUUUGUCUAACUACGGCAAUGAUCGCCUGGGACUGUACACUUUCAAGCACUUGGUGCAGUUUCUUAACACCUGGACGAACCUCAAACUGCAGACUCUGCCUCCUGUACAGCUGGCCCAUAAGUAUUUCCAGAUAUUUCCAGAGGAGAAGGACCCCUUGUGGCAGGAUCCUUGUGAGGACAAGAGGCAUAAAGACAUUUGGUCGAAGGAGAAAACCUGUGACCGCUUCCCCAAGUUACUCAUAAUUGGACCUCAGAAAACAGGCACCACUGCAUUGUACCUCUUCUUGGGAAUGCACCCGGACCUAAGCAGUAAUUACCCCAGCUCAGAGACCUUUGAGGAAAUCCAGUUCUUUAAUGGUCAGAAUUACCACAAAGGGAUUGACUGGUACAUGGAGUAUUUCCCCAUUCCAUCGAACACCACUUCAGACUUCUACUUUGAGAAGAGCGCUAACUACUUUGACUCAGAAGUUGUUCCCCGUCGGGUGGCGGCCCUUCUGCCGAAGGCUAAACUCAUUACAAUCCUCAUAAAUCCUGUGGACCGUGCUUACUCCUGGUACCAGCAUCAAAGGGCCCAUGAUGACCCUGUGGCCAUGAAAUACACCUUCCAAGAAGUCAUAACUGCUGGCGCUGAUGCCUCACCCAAGCUACGAGUGCUGCAGAGCAGGUGCCUUGUCCCCGGAUGGUAUUCCACUCAUAUUGAACGAUGGUUAAACCACUUUCACACUAACCAGAUAUUGGUUUUAGAUGGUAAGCUUCUGCGCACUGAGCCUGCCAACGUAAUGGAAUCUGUUCAGAAGUUCCUUGGAGUGGCAAAUGCCAUAGACUACCACAAAACUCUGGCGUUUGAUGCCAAGAAGGGAUUUUGGUGCCAACUUCUGGAUGGUGGGAAAACCAAGUGUUUGGGAAAGAGCAAAGGGAGAAAAUAUCCAGAUAUGGACCCGGAUUCCCAAUCCUUCUUGACAGAUUAUUAUAGGGACCAUAACAUCGAGCUCUCCAAGCUGCUAUACAAGAUGGGUCAGACGCUGCCCACCUGGCUGAGAGAGGAGCUGCAGAACACUAGGUAGCUGUUGGCUGCUGCUUUUGGGAAGAGGAUAUGGGCUUGACCAAGUCGAUAUGAUAUCAAGGAACUCGCUUGGCAAGUGAUUUCAAUGGACAGACAUCGAGAUGGACAUCCUUCACUCCUGGAGCAACUGAUAAGCAUCCUGAAAGGCCUGUUUUAGAGGCCUGGUUUAUAUUGUGUAGGAUCCUCUGCUUUAUAGGGUCUUACAAGUUUGUGUGACUGUUGAACUUGGACUCAACCACUUAUAAAAGUAUUAAUAAAAGAGCCCCACUGAUUUGGAAUGACCUGGGCAUCAUGUGAAACUUGGAUAGGUCUGAAAUCAAACUGUCCUACCAUGUUGGCUAUGGUCAAAAAUCAUUCUGUACUAUUAAUGGAAGUGCCACUAAGCUAUGAAAUACCAUGUAUUUCAAGAAUAUUUCUUGGUCUUCCCACAAAGAGACUGCAACUGUUUCCAAGCUGUGUCUUGGAAUCCUGAGGUCACGUAGAUAACUGAAUGUGAUGAUGUUUGGUUGAGCAAAAUCCUUAUUAUCCAUGUAAUUAGUGUACAGUUUGGUGCAAGCAGUGUAUUGAGUUAUUUGCUGAUUAACAUGCCUCCUACGGCAGCACUAAUGCCACAGGUACGAAAGCUUUAAAGGGGUUGUCAACACCAAAAUGGUCUUCACAUCCCUCACUUCCCCCCCCCCCCAAAAAAAAACCAUUGUAUCACAGUAUCCAAACGCGCAACAAGAAGCACUCUCUUCUCCUAUCACAGCAUGUUCUAGCUUGACCUUGGAGGGGUUGUCUGGCAGGUAUUUUUUAUAUACAUAUGUAGUUCAGAAUGGGUUAAAAAAGAGGAACGUUACUCACCUCACAGUUUCCUCAUUGGUCUCUCUUUCUUGGUCCUUUUCAAAACACAGAAAAUAAUCGCUCGGCCAAUCUCUGGUUGAGGUAGCUCAACGCUGUGUAAUUGGGUAAGCGGUCAUUUUCUGGGUUUUAAGAGCAAUGUAAAGGAGGAGGAUUCACGCACCCAUGCCAUUCGGCUGUUCAGGUGUAGCUUUGUCGCCAGAUGUUGGUGCUGGAACUACAGAACUCUGUCAAUCUUGAUGUGGAGGUAGCUUCUUGGUACAGCUCUGUUCCAUCUACACCCGAACAGCUGAUCACCCCGCUGAUUGGGAUAGGCCAUCACUUAGUAUAGACUGGACAACCCCUUUAAAGGGAUUCUGUCACCAGGUUUGGGGCUAUAGAGCUGAGGACAUGCACGGCUAGA